AUGGGGGUACAAAAGGGCGGUGAGAGUCCGGCAAGUGCAGUUCUCCCAGUGCAUACCACGCGCAAGGUGGAUUUAAUAUGCGUAGAUUGCCGAGGCGUCGUUGCUCGAUUCCACGACGACAACUGCUUUCUGGGCAAUGUCGAGGCCGUCUUCGAUAGGGAGAUAAGAAGGCUACUCCAGGCGCGGAACAUUUCUGACUCGCUGCACAAUCUACAGCAGACUAAGGGUGACGCGAUGAAGCGGGUGACUGAGUCUCCCAUGUUGAGUGGUGGAGUGAGGGUAAAUGGACCCUAUGCGAGGUCGAUGCUGGGGUGGCGCUCCGAGAAUAGGCCGGAGAAGAGCAUGAACAGCGGGUUCAGAGAGGGAAAGAGCCAGGGCUGCAGCGGAUCCUCAUUCGGCUAUGGCGUUACCAUUUCCGCCAUACUAGUGCGCCCCGCAGGCCCAACUCGGCAGGCACGCGCUGUGACUCGCCCGCCCCUGAAAAACGCGGCAGGAGCACUUGUCAUGCACCCCUCAAGACUGGAAUGGCGUCAAAGAGAAAAAGAUGAAAGGAGGGCGAUCAAAGAGCGUCUAUCCCGUCCGUUCCUCAGCUCGCUCGAACCUCCAACGGGCUGUAAACGCCGUGUAGCAGCCAGUCAGGUCCUACAUGUGCCCUCUUCGUUGCACUGCAGCCAGCCACACGCUGCACCACCACGACUUGUCGACAUGGCGCAUCCCCAGGGGCCAAGGCGUUUUCGCAACCCACACGGCCUGCCCAGCGCAGACUUGUCAGGGUCGAGUGCAUUGUUACCCACACGGACUCUAGAUUCAUGGUUCCCCUGUAAUCAUUCCCUCGCCGUCCUCGGUUGUUCUAGCUGA